GCCAUCCGUCAAACUAGUCUAGCUCGAAAAGUCUUUCGAGACUCUUCUUCUCUUCUUCCAGUAUACAGUCUGCACACCCUGUGGGUCCCGAGAAAAUGCUUCGAUACACGGUAAUAUGCCUCGCGUUGCUCGGCCUAUCAGCGGCCGCGUCGCCGAGCGAUCGGAGAUCGGCAAGGAGUAUCUGGCCGUUCGCCAAGUCCGAGGCGACUACCGAUCUUCCGAUAAUCACGGAAGAGCACAAUCGGCUUCUGGAGCAAGCCGGUCUGGGCAAGAGCUUCAACUUCAGCAGUCAUCCUCUGUGGAAGAUCCACAAGUACCAGGGGAUCGAUCUGAAACCGGUUCACGUCAAGACGGAAAUCGUCCCGGCCGCCUCACCGAAGCUCGAACUACCUGCUGAGACCACCACGGAAGCCGUCGAUCUGAGCUUCUUGGACGAUCUCGGCGGUUUGGCUUACUUUUUACCGGAGCCUAGGGACAACGAAGGCGAGGUAGACGAGGCUACCGAUCUCAUUGCCGAUGCUAUCAAGGAGGACGAGGAGAAGGAGCAGCAGGGAUUCUUCAAGGGUCUUUGGAGGAAAAUCGUCGCGGCUCCUCGAGGUUUAUACUCGUCGAUCUUCGGAGAGAGUAAGGAAGUCGCCGAGGGACAGCAGAACGAGGCUAACGAUGACGACGAUGACUCGGCGACGAUUUAUCUGCCGGAAACGCAAGGAUCGUACGUAGCGGUUGUGGUGCCGAGCUCCGCGACGCCGUCGGAGGAACUCCUGCCGUCGAGUCAAGUGAGCCAGUUCGCUCCUCUUCCAGAGCAAACGCCCGAGGUACCUGUGCCGACUAACCACGCGAGCCAAUACCGAGAGAUUCCGAGCGUUCCUCAAGCUCCAGCUCGUCCCAGCUACCACCGGUCCGAGUCUUGGGUCCAGUCUUCCUCCCCUCACCACUCGUACACCGUCCACAUCAAAGGAGAGCCGAUCAAUAGCAACCUCGACAUCUCGGAGCGUUCAAAAGCCGAGCGAAAAAUCGGCCAAGACGACGAGGUCGAAGGAAGUACCGAGCAGCCGCAGGAGAUGAACGAUGAGGAGCGCCAGGAAGACGAAACGGUGAAGGAACUACUGAAGCUUCAGGAGAACGGCACUUUGAGCACCGACGACAUAGCCUACUUCCUCAACAAUUUUUCCCCCAACGACGACAUGUACAAGAAGUACGUGCGAGUCAAGCCCAGUGUUUUGACCAAGCUCGUCCACGACAAAACCAUGAACGCCCGAGCCCUCAAGAGCCUCAUGGCGAAGCAGCCGGAGUUCGAUACCAACUGGAAGCAGCUCCGCUACUCUUACCCCCGGGUCAGGAAGCAGAACCAGGAGACGACCACGAUUAUCACCACUGGUGAUGAGUCCUAAUUUUCACGUGUACUCGAUAUUAUUACUUAUACUACGUUAAUAAAU